UUUAGGGGAGGGGCGCCGAGGCUGGGGCCAAACUGGUUUAGUGUUUUAAAAGGGCGAAGCUGGAUAAUUCGUCUAGAUUGGGGUGGGAGGUGGAUAGACACCGGGGUCAGGAAAUGAGAGAAUUCGGGGCCGUCCUGAAUUAACUGUAUGUUCUUUCAACAGGUGAUGGAACGCUGCUGAGAGGUCUGACAAGAUGUACCAGGUCCCACUGCCGCUGGACCGGGAUGGGACCCUGGUCCGGCUCCGCUUCACCCUGGUGGCCCUGGUCACAGUCUGCUUUCCACUUGUCGCCUUCCUCUUCUGCGUCCUCUGGUCCCUGCUCUUCCACUUCAAGGAGACUACGGCCACACACUGUGGGGAUGUUCUCUGCGGCCUCCCAGCCCUUGGACCCCGAUGGGACCGUGUUCCAGCUCCGCUUCAAAGCCAUGGUCUCAUGGGUCAUCACUUUCCCUGUGUUCGGCUUCUUCUUCUGCAUCAUCUGGUCUCUGGUGUUCCACUUUGAGUACACAGUGGCCACUGACUGUGGGGUGCCCAAUUACCUGCCGUCAGUGAGCUCGGCCAUCGGCGGAGAGGUGCCCCAGCGCUACGUGUGGCGCUUCUGCAUCGGUCUGCACUCAGCGCCCCGCUUCUUGGUGGCCUUCGCCUACUGGAACCACUACCUCAGCUGCGCCUCCCCAUGUCCCGGCUACCGCCCGCUUUGCCGCCUCAACUUCGGCCUCAAUGUCGUGGAGAACCUCGCGCUGCUAGUGCUCACCUACGUCUCCUCUUCUGAGGACUUCACCAUCCAUGAAAAUGCUUUCAUUGUGUUCAUCGCCUCAUCCCUCAGUCACAUGCUUCUCACCUGCAUCCUCUGGCGGCUGACCAAGAAGCACACAGUAAGUCAAGAGGAUCGCAAGUCCUACAACUGGAAACAGCGGCUCUUCAUCAUCAACUUCGUCUCCUUCUUCACGGCUCUGGCUGUCUACUUUCGGCACAACAUGUACUGUGAGGCUGGAGUAUACACCAUCUUUGCCAUCCUGGAGUACACGGUCGUCCUGACAAACAUGGCGUUCCACAUGACAGCGUGGUGGGACUUCGGGAACAAGGAGCUGCUCAUUACCUCCCAGCCUGAGGAAAAACGGUUCUAAACCCUUCUCUCCUGCUGGGGAGGAGGCCCACUGCCCACAAACUAGGAACAAGAUACUACUCUGGCCUUCCCUCACCCUCUGUGUCCUCUCUGAGCCCUACUGAAGCUAAGGGAGAGGGGAAGGAGGGAGGAAGGGCCCGGGACAAGGUUUCACCCAGCCCUGCUGGCUUCUUCUUUCCCCCACUCCAUGUGUAGGCACAGUAGGCCUUCAAGUAGCACCACUUGUACCUGAGAAGCCCCAAGAAGCUGAGCUGGCAGGAGAGCUCCACCAUCUGGUGCUAAAAAAAGUCCUGAGGUUCAUAACCACCAUCCGGUUCUUGGCCUUUACAUAGCCACCUCUCGCUGAGGUCAGGGACCACCGAGCAGUGGCUGCUACCAGAAAACCACAGCCAUUUCUCCCCGUGGGUCAUUCACUUGACUCGUGCUAAUCAUCUGCUCUGCACACUCAGGCCUGUGACCACAGGCCCUUGCUAAGGUUGCCCAGGUGUCCUAGCCCUGACUUCACCUCUGAUUUGGUGUGUGCCCUUCCCUAGCUGUGCCUCCCUACGUCCAUGUGGAUGAAGCUGGGGUGCAGCGGGGUAGGGAGGCUGUAUGAUAUCCGAGGGCUCUGCCGUUCUGCUUCUCCCUGUGGAGGUGGUGUUCUGUACCUAAAGGGUGACCUCCAGAAAAAGCCCUGGCACAGCAUGUAUUUCCCCUUUUCUGAAAUUGCUGACUUAAGACUCUUCCUCUUUGGCAAAGGUGCCAGGUAGAGGGGUCAGAGGCACAGAUUCCUACCCUGAAACGGGCUCUCUGGUGUUCCCCGCCUCCUCCCUCCUGCCUUAGGCUCUGUGCUCUUUAGGUUGUACAUUUUAUUUCAAAGGGAAAUAAAUUUUUUUUUGUCAACA